CUGCGUCGUGUCUCAACUCUCACUUUAACCUUUUUCUUUCUCUCACAACAACUUGUUUGCCAUCGCCAUUCCUUUUCACUCUCUUCAUUCAUCUACUCAUGGACCUUUAACUACUCGUCUCCCAUUGCUAUCGCAGCACCUACUUUCUAGUACAUACCUACCCGACUCGUUUUCCAUUCGUUCAUCGCCGCAACCUGCGUCACGAUGGUGUCGCCACAAUGGGCGUUGGCUGUUUUGUGCCUCAGCGCCCAGAGCAGUCUUGCUGCAGUGUCGGCGCCGCCGGCUAAAAACCCGCGUGAGACGCAGGUGCGAAAUAUCGCAGUCAUCGGCGCUGGCGCUGCUGGCGCGUCUACCGCAUAUCAUCUGCAGCGAUUUGCAGAAGAAGAAAAUAUCGCAAUCAAUGUCACCAUCUUUGAGAAGUCGGAUCGCAUCGGCGGCCGCACACUCACUGUCAACGCAUACGACGACCCUGCACAGCCCGUCGAACUCGGAGCGUCCAUCUUUGUCAACGCCAAUCAUAUCCUCUACAAUGCUGCACAACGAUUUGAACUGCCGCUGGCGCAGUUUAAGACGUCGGAGCCUGGAGACAUGACGGCGAUUUGGGACGGCGAGACCAUCGUCUUUCAGAGCGAGAGCGGCGCGUCCUGGUGGUGGGAUGCCACGCGUAUGUGGUGGAAAUACGGCACAUCACCAUACCGAGCCGUGAAGCUUGUGCAGAAUGUCGUCAAUAUCUUUCUCAAGCUCUAUGAGCCCCCUUACUUUCCUUUCCGAUCGCUCACCCAGCGUGUCUACGAGCUGGGCUUGGAGCGCGCCACGGGUACCACGGGCGAGCAAUUCCUCGCCGAAAACGGGAUUGAUGCCAAGUUUGGCCGCGAAGUCAUCCAGGCGGCCACCCGAGUCAACUACGCCUCCAACCUGGGAUAUAUCCACGGUUUGGAAACCAUGGUUUCCUUUGCGACGGACGGCGCCAUGGCGGUAGACGGCGGCAACUGGCAAAUCUUUGACAACAUGGUCAAGUAUAGCGGCGCCACGAUUCUCAAAAACACUACCGUCGAGUCGAUUGUCCUUGAAAAGCGCCACUAUCCGUCGCGUGCCAAGCCGAGAUAUAUGCUGUCCACUACGAACAAUAGCGCGUCUGUUGCCAGUUUUGAUGACGUCGUGAUUGCCACGCCAUGGCAGUUUGCCAAUAUGACUGCUGGAACCGGCGUUGUUAGGCACCGCAUGGAGUCAGUCUCAUACACAAAACUCCAUGUGACGCUCUUCACGUCGCCCUUUGCCCUACAGCCGUCUUUCUUUGGACUGGAGCCUGGUAGCAAGGCGCCUCGCAACGUCUACACGACUCUUGGGCCGAAUGAAAAGGGCCACCAGGGGGCUGAGGGUGUAGGAAGGGCUGGCUUCUACUCGAUCAGCACACUCUCGACUGUUACCAACCCAGGCACCAAUGCUACGGAGUACCUGUACAAAAUCUUCUCCGCGGUUGCCGUGACGCCUGAGUUCCUCGAGAAGCUUCUUGGUGCUGAUAUUCCUGCCGAAUUUGUUGGCACCAAGAACGAGGCUACUACUGUCCCAGCCAUCUCGUGGUUUUACGCCCACUGGUUCCAUUCGUAUCCUAUUGAGCUCCCACGUGUUACUUUCCAAGACGUCGUUAUUAAUGAUGGCGUAUACUACACAUCGGGCAUUGAAAGCUUUAUCUCGACCAUGGAGACGAGCGCUCUGAUGGGUAUGAACGUGGCGCGGCUCAUUGUGAAUGAAGCCGCUGGUCUAAACCAGCGGGUUCGCCAGCAAGGCCCGAAAAAGGGCUCAGACAGCCGUCGCCCUCCAAGCCGGGAGGAUUUCUUUGAUAGCUUGGAAAGCGAGCUCGAGGGCAUGAUGAUGAUGGACGAGCUGUAGGUAGCGGUGGCCCAUGACAUUACGAAGUUGAUUAUCCCCCAUUCAUUUAAGCGUCGCGCGGCAAGGCCAUUGCCAUUGCCAUAUAAUACCCCCCCAGACUGUAUACAGAGAUUUACAUAGAAUCGACCAUUUUUGAUAUAUCAAACAGUACAUAAGUUUACAUUUAUUGCGCAGAAGAGUAGCGGGUAUCUAAUUUGGUGGUACAAGGGUGUCGUAAGUUAUCGGCAUUACCAACACUUUCCAUUAAACACACCAGGCAUACCUUGCACUAUGUCCGAUAACACGGCAGCCAUGUCAUUGACUUCUGUAUUGCCUGACACCAUAUUGGGCAAUAAUAAAAUAGAGGGAAGCGCCCGAGAGUCAAG